CGUGAAGGGGGGGUUAUCAGGCGGGCUGCUGUACGUGGUGACGCUUUCUGUUCUAUAUGAGCGUGAGCAGCGGGUUCUUAGCUCCUUCUUGUUUUUUGCCGCCAUCCAAAAGGGGCGCUUCCUUCUUCCUCUCGGCUUCGGGCACUGUGCGGCUGCCCAGGUUACUCCGGCCUGUCCAUCACCGGUGCUGAAUAAAAUGGCUAACAUAGACAAUAAAGAACAGACAGAACUUGACCAACAAGAUAUGGAAGAUGUUGAAGAUGUAGAAGAGGAAGAAACAGGGGAAGAGGCAAACAGCAAAGCUAGGCAAUUGACUGCCCAAAUGAUGCAGAAUCCUCAGGUUUUAGCUGCUCUACAAGAAAGGUUGGAUGACCUAGUGGGGACACCUACAGGAUAUAUUGAAAGCUUGCCCAAAGUAGUGAAAAGGAGAGUGAAUGCACUUAAAAAUCUUCAAGUAAAAUGUGCACAGAUAGAAGCAAAAUUCUAUGAAGAAGUCCAUGAAUUGGAGCGGAAGUAUGCAGCCCUCUACCAACCCUUUUUUGAAAAGAGAAGUGAUAUAAUAAAUGCUUCAUAUGAACCUACAGAAGAAGAAUGUGAAUGGAAAGUAGAUGAAGAGGAGGACAUUGCUGACCUAAAGGAAAAAGCCAAACUUGAAGAGGAGAAAAAAGAUGAAGAAAAAGAGGAUCCUAAAGGAAUACCUGAAUUCUGGUUAACCGUAUUUAAGAAUGUUGAUCUUCUUAGUGAUAUGGUUCAGGAACAUGAUGAACCAAUUCUAAAGCAUUUGAAAGACAUUAAAGUAAAGUUUUCAGAAGCUGGGCAGCCAAUGAAUUUUAUGUUAGAAUUUCACUUUGAACCAAAUGAAUUCUUUACAAAUGAACUUUUGACAAAGACAUACAAAAUGAGGUCAGAGCCUGAUGAGUCGGAUCCUUUCUCUUUCGAUGGACCUGAAAUUAUGGGAUGCACUGGGUGCUUAAUUGACUGGAAGAAAGGAAAGAAUGUCACUUUAAAAACCAUAAAAAAGAAGCAAAAGCAUAAGGGUCGUGGAACCGUGAGGACUGUUACAAAAACUGUUCCCAAUGACUCCUUUUUCAACUUCUUCAGUCCGCCUGAAGUACCUGAAAAUGGCGAGCUGGAUGAUGAUGCAGAAGCCAUCCUCACUGCAGACUUUGAAAUCGGACACUUCCUCCGUGAGCGUAUAAUUCCUAGAUCAGUGCUUUACUUCACUGGUGAAGCAAUUGAAGAUGACGAUGAUGACUAUGAUGAAGAAGGUGAAGAAGCAGAUGAUGAGGAAGGAGAAGAGGAAGCCGAUGAAGACCAUGAUCCAGAUUUCGAUCCCAAGAAAGCUCAAAACCCGGCAGAGUGCAAGCAGCAAUGAAGCAGUGUGUACGUGGCCUUGAGGAUUACCUGCACUGUAAUUAAACUCAACUAUUAGUUACUUACAGCCUUAUGUUUUGUAUCUUCUUGGUAGAAUAAAUUAAAACAAUUUUUGUUAAAAAAUAAAAAAAACAUUUAAAAACCUGUUAAAAUAGAAAGAUCAUUCAACUUAGUAUUUUAAUGUUCUUUCCUGCCAGAUAUAUCUAUAUGAUGCAGAAAUUCUUUACAAGCAUGUUCUUCACUUCCUUCAUAGUUUUGGUUCUUGUGAAGUCUCUCUCCAUGUAGAUAUUAGAUUGCAGCUGUGAAGACUCUCCAAACUGUUCUAACAAGUACUUGUCUGGAAAAAUAUCCUUUCCUACAGAACCAAAGUUUUAUUUUUAUUUUUUUUUUUUAACCUUGUAGUUUGGCAGGUUUCAGUAUGCUUGCAAUAGCUGUGCCUUCACUACUUUGUUCUAGAAAUGCAGUUAUUACCUUGGACACUGUAAAUUAAAAUGCAACUAAACCUGGCAAUGAAUUUCCAUUCAGACCCCAUUGAUCCUGUCUGCUUGUUUAUGCUAUGGGUUUUUGUAUUUCGUGACUGUGAUUACAAAGGAAACAUCUGAUUGGUCUACAUAAGGUUGUUUAAGUGAGUGGGGAGUGAAUAAAACCUAGUAUUUUCA